CGCGCGCAGCCGUCAUGGCAGCCGAGGAGAAGGACCCUCUAAGCUAUUUCGCGGCUUACGGGAGCAGCAGCUCAGGCUCCUCGGGUGAGGAGGAUAACAUCGAGCCCGAAGAGACAAGUCGCAGAACCCCAGAUCCGGCGAAGUCGGCGGGCAGCUGUGGGAACAAGGCAGAGAAGCGGCUGCCGGGACCCGACGAGCUGUUCAGCAGCGUGACUCGCCCAGCCUUUCUCUACAAUCCGCUCAACAAGCAGAUAGACUGGGAGAGGCACGUCGUCAAGGCGCCUGAGGAGCCUCCAAAGGAAUUCAAAAUAUGGAAGUCAAACUAUGUACCACCUCCUGAGACCUACACUACUGAAAAGAAACCUCCGCCUCCAGAGCUGGAUAUGGCUAUAAAAUGGUCUAACAUAUAUGAGGACAAUGGUGAUGAUGCCCCACAGAAUGCUAAGAAAGCUAGGCUUCUACCGGAAGGGGAGGAGACAUUGGAAUCAGAUGAUGAAAAAGAUGAGCAUGCUUCUAAAAAGCGCAAAGUAGAACCAGGAGAACCAGCAAAGAAGAAAAAGUAGAAAACAACAAAUGACCAGAAUUUCUGGACUGCUAAACCUAUUGAAAUAUUUCUUUGGGCAAAUUAAGUUGAUAUUCUGGAUUAUUAUGACACAACAUUUCCAUGAAAAUACAUAUGUUAAUGAAAUCUAAUAGCUAUUGCCUCAAGAACUUUCCACUGUAGAAUUCAUUUUUUAUUUAAAACUUAUAUGUAUUUAAAACUCAAAUGGUGACUUGUGAUUGUGAAAUUGACAACACUUGGAAACAUUCUUGCUAUCACAGAAUUGGUAACAUGCUUUGAGAAUUUUGUCACAUGUUGACAUGCCAAUGUUCUAUGAACCUUUUAUAAAGGAAUAUAUUUUUAACGUAAAUAUAUUGUAAUGUACUGUGAACUUGUAGGGUGCUUUUCAACAGUGUUUGUACAGUGUAAAUAGAUCAUGGAAAUAAAAUUACUUAUUCAAUAUUACUAAUACUGUAUAAUAUUAACAUCUGAAUAUUUGGGACAAGUACCCUCUUUGCCAUGUGAUGUUUUAAGUUGUGAUAAUAAGUAUUACCAUUUAAGGGGUGCCUCCUAUGUUCCAGGUGCUUUGUGCAUAUGUUAUCUCUGAUCCUCAAAUAGCCUAGUAAGGUAGGUAUCAGUAUCCUCAUUUUAUAAUAAAGAGUACUUGAGUAACUUGUC